AUGAAAAGAGGGCGCGAAGAGAAGAACAGCCACGAGACCUUACCAUCGCCAACACGACGUUGUCACGAUGGAGUUAUCUAUAUACCUCUUGAUCUGACCGUGGAGAUACUCAAGAAACUUCCGACGAAAACUCUAAUGAGGUUCCAAUGUGUCUCGAAACUGUGGUCAUCAUUAAUCAGCAGCCGUAGAGACUUGAGAGACUCAAUCUUGACUCGUUCUUUGAAUCAGCCUCCGCGUGAUGCCCAUAUCAUAUCCGACAACUGUUUUAUAAAAAGUAUCAUAGCCUUCUCCUCUACUACUAGCCCUCUAAAUACGGACAAUGGAUUAGUAUUAGUCCCUGGAGAAUGUCAUCAAUAUGUCCGUGGCUUGGUUUGUUGUUGGUCAACAUAUUUUCGUCCUAAUGUGCUAGCUGUAUAUAACCCUACCAUAAGGCAGUCCUUUGACUUACCAGAGUUGAAAUCCAAGCAAAUAAGUUGUUUCUUCUUCGGAUACGACCCUUGCAAGGAUCAAUACAAAGUAUUGUCCAUGCCAGGAUCCAAUUGGGGUGAGAGUUGUCAAGUUUUCACAUUGGGAGAUCCCGCAGCUAAGCAGUGGAGGACCAUCCAACCAGUUAUGACACCUCAGUGCAUGUUGUUGCCAGGUGUAGUUUGCAUCAACGGGAUUAUCUAUUACCGAGAUGCCACUAGAAAUUUUGAUUCUCGUUUUCCUGAAAAUAUUAAAUUGAUGAGUUUUGAUGUUAGCUCCGAGAAAUUUAAUCAUGCAGAGGCUCCAAAACUAUUGAUGCAUAUGCAUCGCGAUUCGACUCUGAUCAACUACCAAGAGAAGUUAGCACUCAUAUCUUGCGAGAUAAGCGGUUUGGAAAUGUGGGUAAUGGAAACACAAGGUUGGUCCAAGUUUUUCGUUUGUGAGAUGAUGGGUUUUCAACAUUGGAUCAUCUCCGGUACUACUCGUGGUGGUGAGAUCGUUUUUGUCGAGAAAAGGUACAGCUCUCACACCAUGUUACGUGUCUAUUAUUAUGAUCUAAAGCGAAACAGUAUGAGACAUGUUGACCUCGAAACGGAGAUAAGAAGCCGUAAGAGAUACAUGGGGAGAUACAUGUCUACAAUCUUGACUGUUCCCGAUCAUGUUGACAACAUUAUGGGUUUGCAUUAUAAGACAGAAUGA